GGUGUUGGCGAUCGCCAAGUUGGCAUCUACGUGAAGAAAGUCGUGCAAGGGAGCCCUGCAGCCCAGGAUGGUCGUUUGGCAGCUGGUGAUCAAUUACUGUCGGUCAACGGCCAAUCGUUACUGGGAAUAUCACAAGAAGAAGCUGCUGAAUAUAUGGCACGAGCAGGCGCAGAAGUUCGUUUCGAAGUGCGUAAAGGUGCAGCUUUGCGGAAUGGACUGUCCGCAUGGCUUUGCCAACCUCCUGCACCGACGGCGCCACCAACAGCCAUUCCACAUCAUCAGACGUCAUUCCCUCCUGCACAACAUAUUAACAAUCUACCUAAUUUUAACGGAAAUUACUCGAAUUAUGCUCCGUUACCAAGUUACGGUAGUCAGAUGUCAGUGCAAACGAGUAAUGGAUAUCAGAAGCAUCAACCAGGUAUCCUUUAACUAACA